AUGCCAGGCCAGGGACAGGUGUCCAACUGGACACAGAGCAGCUCUUCCGCAGAGCGGCCCGCAGCUGCCCGGCUUGAGGGUGGUGGUGGCGGAUCAUCAGGACAUUCUAAUGACCAGAAUGCCAAAGGUACUGAGGAACUCCAAGAUGGCCACAGAGUGGACUCACACAUAGCCAAAUUGCAUGAGUUAUGGAAAACUCCUCAACUUCAAACAGUUCAUAUCCCCAAAUCAAUGAAGGAUGCAACCUUUCGAAAGCAUCCCGACCUCACCGCAGGCCAGAAGCGCUAUUUGUGUAGCAUUGCGAAGAUCUACAACACUCACUACCUGAGGAUGUUCAUGAAGAGGCAGUGCCUGCACGUGAUGGAGCCAGGAGUCCCGGCUCACCAAAGGGGCCGUCUCAGCUCCCAGAAGCAGCCUCACCCCUGCACCACCUGGCGACACCAGCUGGAGAGAGCGCACUUGGGACCCCCUGGCGGCACCGCUGGCUGUGCACCUGAAAUGAUCACGUGCCAAUCCCUCUGGCGACCAGUGAGAGACAAAGAAGGGUUAAAAACUGGAUUUGCAACUAAAACAAGAUGUAAAUCACUGAAGAUUUUUCGAAAACCAAGCCGACUCUUCAUGCAACCAGUUUCUCUAGAUUACUCUGAACCUUAUGUGAAUGACGAGAAGAAGGAAGAGGAUUUCCUAAAUCAGUGUAUGCAGUCAAUGUCGAUUGAGGAACAGGGAGAACACCUGAUGCUGACCUGA